CUUCUAUCUGCCUCCUUUUCCCCAGCUUUGUCUCUGCCAUCAGUUGUCUCCUUCAUAAGUUUCCAUCUUUCUCCUUGCUCUGUUCCUAUCCCAUUUCUCUCUCCCCAUCUCCCCCACGUCUCUCCUUCUCUGUCUCUCAGACUCUCUCUCCCUUCGGUCAGCCCGUCUCAUUGACUUAGGAGGUUUCUUCUCCCUCUGCUGCCAAUGCGGGAAGCUGGGGGGGGGGGCUAUGAGUGGGGGGCCAAGGGGCCCAGUGUUGGGGGCCCCAGACCAGGCCCGGAGCCCAGCCUGGCAGCCUGUCUCGGAUCUGGGACGACCAUUUCCUCUUUCAGCCCGGGAGGCCACUCGGGUUACGUAUGAGUUCAGGACAUUACGAACUGGGAGAAGGAGACUGCUCCCUGAAAGUGUGUCUGCUGGUCUGGGAGGCCUUCCUACAAGUCGGAGACCCUAGUCUGGUGGGGACUUUACGUGAGUUGCGUCCUCUGGCCGUCGUGGGAGAAACAGAACAGAAGUUGACGACCGAAGACUGGUGAUCUGGGAGGCAGCUGCUGUCCGCCAUGUGGGCGCCCAGGCUGCGCACGCUGCAGCUGCUGCUCCUGCUGGGCGCGUCGUGGGCGCGCGCGGCCGCCCCGCGCUGCACCUACACCUUUGUGCUGCCCUCGCAGAAGUUCACGGGCGCUGUGUGCUGGAGCGGGCCGGCGGCCGCGCGCCCGGCGCCGGAAGCCGCCAACGCCAGCGAAGUGGCGGCGCUGCGCGUGCGCGUGAGCCGCCACGAGGAACUGCUGCGCGAACUUCAGAGGCUGGCGACGGCCGAUGGCGCCGUGGCCGGCGAGGUGCGCGCGCUGCGCAAGGAAAGCCGCGGCUUGAGCGCGCGCCUGGGCCAGCUGCGCGCGCAGCUGCAGCACGAGGCGGGCCCGGGGGCGGGGCCCGGCCCGGGGGCGGAGCCCGCCGCUGCGCUGGCGCUGCUCGGCGAGCGCGUGCUUAACGCGUCCGCCGAGGCGCAGCGCGCCGCCGCUCGCUUUCACCAGCUGGACGUCAAGUUCCGCGAGCUGGCGCAACUUGUCAGCCAGCAGAGUGGCCUCAUCGCCCGCCUGGAGCGCCUGUGCCCGGGGGGUGCGGGCGGGCAGCAGCAGGUCCUGCCACCACCCCUGGUGCCUGUGGUUCCAGUCAGUCUGGUGGGUGGCACCAGUGAUACCAGCCGGAGGCUAAACCCAGCCCCAGAGCCCCAGAGAGACCAGACCCUGAGACAGCAGGGGCCCUUGGCCUCUCCCAUGCCCUCAGGGCACCCUGCUGUCCCUACCAAGCCAGCGGGCCCAUGGCGGGAUUGUGCAGAGGCUCGCCAGGCAGGCCAUGGACAGAGCGGAGUAUAUGAGCUGCAACUGGGCAGGCAUAUGGUGUCAGCAUGGUGCGAGCAACAGCUGGAGGGUGGAGGCUGGACUGUGAUCCAGAGGCGGCAGGAUGGCUCCGUUAACUUCUUCACUACCUGGCAACACUACAAGGUGGGCUUUGGGCAGCCUGACGGGGAAUACUGGCUGGGCCUUGAACCUGUGCAUCAGCUGACUAGCCGUGGGGACCAUGAGCUACUGGUGCUACUUGAGGACUGGGGAGGCCGUGGGGCACGUGCCCACUAUGAUGGUUUCUCCCUGGAGCCUGAAAGUGACCACUACCGCCUACGGCUUGGCCAGUACCACGGAGAUGCUGGAGACUCUCUUUCCUGGCACAAUGACAAGCCUUUCAGCACCGUGGAUAGGGACCGAGACUCCUAUUCUGGUAACUGUGCCCUGUACCAGCGGGGAGGCUGGUGGUACCAUGCCUGUGCCCACUCCAACCUAAAUGGUGUGUGGCAUCGUGGUGGCCACUACCGUAGCCGCUACCAGGACGGCGUCUACUGGGCCGAGUUUCGUGGUGGGGCUUACUCGCUCAAGAAGGCUGCCAUGCUGAUCCGGCCCCUGAAGCUGUGACUGUCUGUCCAUUUGUCCCCCAGGUCCCAGGGGAUGUUUGUCAGCAAGAGCCAAAGUUGUCCUGGCCACAUCUCCUUCGUAGCUUAGUGGGGACCAUGUCCCACAGACCUCUUCCUGUUGUAGAUCUGUUCCCCAGGGCCCUGAAAACAGGACCCAGGAAUCCCCCUGCCAAUAUCUCAGACCCAGAUGGCUCCUCAAGGGUACUUAGAUCUCGGUUUGAGCUCAUAUUUUAUAACAACACAAAAUAUCCACA